GGUCCCGAUUCCGAGCCCCAAUGCCCGAUACAUUUGCCGACUCCCACAUGCGGGGUUUCGGUUCCCGAGACUUGGAUAAACGUUCAACCCCAUUUUCAAGAUUGAAUCUUCGUCAUCCGCUCUCACUCAUUCGAAUUUAUCUUUCAUUUGUUGCACUUCGAUUUUCGUAUCCUUCACCAAUUGCGCCUCGCACAUUGCGACAUCCUCUUCAUCAUGCCGACGCCUGGACUGCUCCAGGCACUCAUGCAUCCCAAGCCCACCUUGGAACCCCCAGUCUUCGAUGAAUGGUACCAGAACGAGCACGGCCCGACGCGUGUUCGCAUGCCAGACAUCUUCGGCAACGGUCUUCGCUAUCGCGCGCUCGAUGACCGCGAGCCCAAGUUUGCUGCUAUCUACGACGUCAAGGACAUUCACGACCUAGAGACGGACCGGUACCUCACUCUGAGAGCCAACAGAUCUAAGCGCGAGGCGAGCGUCGUUGCGCAAAUCCAUAUCACGAGGGGCUUCUGGGACUUGAUUCACGAGAAAAGCGCAGACGGGUUUAAGGCACCAGAAGACACGACCGACCAGGACGCUCUUGGUCGCGUGUUACUUGCUGUCGAUCUCACACCCAACGAGGAUCCCCAGGCAAAGGGGGAACUCCAGAAGUGGUACGAAGAGGAGCACGUCAACAUGCUAGCCAAAAUCCCCGGGUGGCUGCGCUCGCGCAUGUACAAGACGUCCGUCAUCGAAGACGGCAAGGCUACCUUCAAGUUCCUCGGUCUGCACGAAUUCGCCAAAAGCCAUGGCAUUGGAGGCCCGGAGACACAAGCGGCGCUCGCGACGCCUAGAGCUCGCGAAGUCAUGAGCAAGUAUGCCGCGUCAAGCGACAGGCGAAUGUACGAGCUGUUUUACGUGUUUGGCUCUGGCGCGCGGGACCUGGAGAAUCUGUCCAAGUUGCCAUCCGAUGCGGCUUUUGUCUCUACAGAUGAGCGCACGAGGACUCUGGUUGCCACUGGCCCGGUGAUUGAGUCGUAUGUCCCUAUGUCGGAUGGUCUAGACCUUCCGUACCGUUUGGAGGGAAACAAAGCCACCGAUGCACCGACCGUGGCGUUCUGCAACUCUCUCCUCACAGACCUGCACAUGUGGGAUCCUUUGAUUGAGCUACUCAAGAAAGAGAGGCCAGACCUGCGGAUCCUGCGCUAUGAUGUGCGUGGGCGACAUGCCAUCCCGCAGCCACCCAAGGCAGCCACCCUCGACACCGUCACAGCCGAUCUCCACGCCCUGCUCGAUGGGCUGCGGAUCCCCAAGCCCGAAGCUUUGGUGGGUGUUUCCAUGGGCGGCGCGACAACCCUGAGCUUUGCUAUCCAGCACCCCGACCGUCUGAAGAAGUUUGUUGCGUGCGACUUUAACGUCACGUCCAGCGCAGCAAACACGCAAGCGUGGAAAGACAGAAUCGCCGUGGCAGAGGAAGACAACGGUCAGGGCAUCAAAAAGCUCGCUGAGCAGACUGUCGCGCGCUGGUUCCAUCCAGACACCAAGCCGGAGAUCAAGGGUUGGAUGGUGGACAUGGUGGCUAGAAAUGACGUGCAGGGCUUUGCGAAUAGUUGCACCGCGCUCUGGGACUAUGAUUUGAAGCCGAAUAUGGGUGCUUGCACGGCCCCUGGAUUAUUCGUCGUGGGGGAGGUGGAUGGCAAAGGGGCUCUGGUCAAGGCCAUGGAUGGGUUUAAGGGUGAACUGGGCGGUCAUGGGGCGGAGUUGAAGGUCGUGUCGGGUGCUGGACACUUGCCCAUGUGUGAGCAGCCGCAAGGGUUCUGGGACGCGAUUCGCGAGUUUCUGUAGGUCAAUCCGAAAUACGUACUCAGAGUGGCAGUGUGAACCUACAGUGUUUCAGACUGGACGCAAGUAUGCGGAAGUCGAGUCCGUUUCCCCGGUCGCGUUCAAGCCAACGUCACGUUUAUAUGCAUGUUGGCUGCCCCUUACUUCACGGCACAGCAAUCACCUCAUGCGAGCAAAUGAUCCUAUGUUCAGCCAACAUUCAUCGCCUGAUUCCAUCACCAGCAGCA